GAGGGAAGCGAGGGAUAAACUGAACCACGAACUGAAGCCUCUCUAGGCGACUCUCUACAAGUUGCGAGUCUAGGAUAUAGUAGCGCGCCGCGCCGCGCCAGGUACGCACGCGCACUUCCCUCCUCAGUCCGGAAGAAGGGUCAUUGGCUACGGCGGCUGCGUGGGUCCUUUUCCCGCUCGAUGUUAAAUGGGAAGCUGCUCCCUGCUCGCGGUUACACGCCGCUGUCGUCGUUUGUCCGGCGCUCGCGGUGACGGAGAGACGGGGGGGGGGGACGACGACGACGACGAGCGUUUCCAGGGCAACGGCCCGUUGCCUCUUCGCUCUUCUCCAGCGAGGGCCUAGCGCCCGGGGCCUAGCGGAGUUCGCGGGAGGGGGGCGCCUCAGAAACCCCCGCGCCUCUCUCGGGAGCUGAGACCCGUGGAGGGUAGCGGGGGGGGGGUAGAGAAGGGCGCCUGGGCUGGACCCCUCCGCUCUCGCGCUUCUUCCGGCUGCAGAGUAACCGCCCCCUCUGCCUUCCACCCCGAAGGGCCCUACAUUUCGCCUCCCGCUUUAAAAGGUCGCUUGCUUGUGCUGCCAGGUGCGGCUCCCGCCGCCCCCACCUCAGUGCUGGACCUGAAGCACCUCAGUGCUGAGCCUGCAAAGCACCUGCCCCAAGAGACAGGCAGCGCCCUAUAUUUAUAGUUUAUUUUGGGGCCUGGAGUUCCCCUUAUACCUGCAAUAAAAUUUGGUCCUUUUGAGCACCCCAUAGCUUCCCUGCCAUUUCCCCGUUGUUUCUGCCAUGGAGCCAGUCAAGAGGCCCAGUGACGACAGCCUCGUCGUCCCUGGGACUCCAGAAAACAAGUUUCCCAGGGGACCCAAUCCUAAGGACAGUCCCCCCAAUCCGUCCCUCAUGAAAGCCUUGGAGGCGGUUUUAAUCGCUGGCCGGCGUGGCUUGCUUGGCCCGGAAGCCAUGGCAGCAGCGGGAGGCACCCCGGAAUUGAAUCCGGGAGGCACCCCGGAAUUGAAUCCGGGAGGCAGCAACGGAGUGGCCCCUCCGGCAGUAGACCCUCCGGGAGGCCUGAAUCCUAUUCCCCGCUUGGCAGGAGGGGGGAAGAAGAAGAAGGCUGUCAAUGAGAUCCGUACGUCUGUGAUAACUGCCGUGCAACAGGUAACAGGUGCUGGAGGACAGCAACCUCCCCCAAAGGAAAUCUGGAUAUGUGGCAAUUCUGUGAUCUUGGCAUCAAAGAAGAGAGCUAAAAUUCUACCACAUGGAUUGCAGUUGGGCAUCUCUGUUUCAAGGGCAUAUGUGUAUUGGCAUGGGAUACAGGCAAUGAAGUGGGAACAGCUCAUGCCUCUUCUGCAUGAAAUUUAUCAUCUCCGUUCUUCUCCAUCCCUUAUAAUAAUUCAUAUUGGAGAAGAUGAUCUACUUCCCAACGAUAACUUGUCUCUCAUUAUAUCCAUGAAAAAUGACUUGGGCAUUCUUAAAAGAGCGUUCCCAAAUGCUACUAUAGUUUGGUCUUCACUGUUGCCAAGACGUGCUUGCAAGAUGGACCAAAAUCCUGAACAGAUUGCAAAAGCUCAAAAGCAUGUUAACAAGAAAAUGGUAGGCUUUUGUAAUGAAAUUGGUGUACACUUUUUGUCGCAUAACUUGAUUACGCCUGAUAAAGCAAACCUGUUCUUGCCUGAUGUCAAUGACCUAUCUGAUGCAGGAGCUGAUUUAUUCUUGGCAGACCUGAAGAAAGUCCUGCGGUUCUAUCAGGUUUUGGGAUAAUUGGAAAGAUGCUAGUAAUAUAUGUUUGUUUUUGUCAGAAAGACUGUGUUUGUUGCUGCUUGACCAUCAUAUAGUGUCUUACAAAUUGUACACUUGGAUGAAUACGAGUGGAUAUGGGCUUCCUGUUCCUAGGUAGCUUUAAACUGCAUUUUACAUAUAUAGAUGACACAGGUUGAUAGAUAUGUUCCUCUGACUAAUCUCUGCAACGAUAGGACUGUCUAAUAACAGAUGAAAGAAGCUGUUCCCUUUUAACAUCGUGAAGAUUUUCAAUGUAUACUCUCAUUGUUAAUGAAACUGUACAUUUUGAUUUCUUUGAGGGAAACUUGUAAGAUGGUAUAAUGAAAAAUGCUGUGGACCAGGUAUCUGCUUACUGCUCUGUCUGCAAGGCAUUAUCCAGAGAGGCACAUGUAUGUAACUAGUCAUUAUAAAGAACCCAAGCAAAAACAGGUGAAACAGUUUUUCAGAUGUUAACAAAUUGUAUGUGCAAGUGUAUUGGGUAGACGGGAAAUGAGACCACACAAAGUAAGCAUAUACAUGUUUUUCAGCAUUGGAUAUUUGCAUUUGCAUUGAUUCUCUCUUGCAGUCAGCAAAUUGCUUACUUCAGCUGGUCAUUGAAUGCUAUGUGCUAUUCCAGAAUAAGCCAUCUGAGGGCUGUGUUUCUGCCGCAGACUAGUUCCAUUGUCUAGAAGAGGUCAUUUGGAGCAGUAAUUGGCUGUGAUUCCUAACCAUCAUUCCCUAGUGUGGUGGCACUUAGGAAGUAUUCAUUGUCUAUUGCCAUUUGUACCAGUUUAUAUCUCUCCCCCCCCCCCCAAUCUUACUAUUUGUAAUUCUGAUAUACGUUUUCCCACUUUGACUACCUUAAGGACAUGGAAUUACAUCUGGUGGGAAAGACUUGCUUAAUACAAGUACAGGGAAACUCCAUAUUACCUCUUCAGUAUCCAUAAUUAAUUAUAAUUACAGUCAACCCUAUUGGACCAUGAGAGAAAAUCCAGACAACCCCAGCAUCAUAAUACUGUUAUUAGGACUGCAGAGUAGUGAACUAACCUUCUUGUUUCACAGAACUCUUUAUCGGGAUGAAUAUGGAAUGCACACACAAAAAUGGAAGACGACAGGGAGAGAAGAGAAAAAGGUGUUGCUAGUAAGAGCGCAGUGGAAGUCCCAUGUGCCAUAUGUGAUUGCCUUAGCACAGUGAUUCAGGAAAACGUUUGCCAAAUGAUUAGGUCUGUUUAUGCCAUGUGCAAAUUAUUUGAACAAAGAAUCAGUGACCACGCUCACUUUGGAAAUUGCAAAGCCAGCACUUGAACCUGUCUCUGAUUUGGUUUUGAAUCACUACUCAGGUAUUUUCAAAGGGGGGAUGGCCAUUGAUUCUUUGUCCCAAUGUUCUUUGGUGCAACCUGAACCAUCUGUACUUGGCAUAAACUAACCUAAUCAAUCUGCAAGGGGCUUGUCCUUUACUGGUGAUAGGGCUUCUACCCUGCCCUCUACCAGCAACAGAUCUCUUCUCUCCAUGACACCUUGUUUUGUUUAACAACCUGUCUGACAGAGAGGAUUGUGAAAUUUGAAAAACUAGCCACUUAUUUUGUGACAUCUAGUUACUCCUAAUUAAGUAUUGUAAAGUGGCUGCCAUUUCCAUAAUUAAUAGAAAUUGCUAUUGCAAUUUUCUGUGCUUUUUUUGUCAGAAUGAUGAUAAAUGAUUUGUUGGGGGGGGCGGUUAUGUUAUCUCUCUCCCCCUCACUAUUUUGUAUUGAAUUCACAAGCUAUCAUUUAGUAUAGGGAGGUCAGGAUAAUGUUGUAAACUGCAUUAUGACCAAAGAACGUAUUCAUCAGUUUGUUGGCGUCUUGUCUAAGCUUGAGGAUGAGCUUAUCUAUGCAGGUCAGAUAUAGGUGCAGAAGUAAGAAGUUCCAUAUGUGGUUUUUAAUAAAAACUUAAGAAACCGUAAGGUGCAAAUAAUCAAAUGGAAUUAGCAGCAGAGGCCAAUACUCUUCCAGAUAAUUCUUUGGCAGUCAUGGAAUCAUCCAAGACAGAAGGAGAAAUGGGUUUAUGUUUGGCUACCUGAAUUUUUAUUAUCUAUUUUUGCAACAUGAAUCUCAGUGUAAAUAUUGCAAUAGAACCAUAACUUUGACUUUGUGUAGUAGUGCCUUGUAGUGCUUUUGGUACAUCAGAAUAGUUACUGUUAACUGAUGUAACAGAGUUAGAGGUAAGUUGCUAAAAAAACUGCUCCAUCUGGAAUGAAGAUGGAGGCAAAUGUUUCCUAUGGCUCGUGCUGUUGGAUAUAAUCACAUCACUGCAGGAACUUAAGUGGACAUGGACAUCUGUGAAUAAAAGGUGAGCAGAAACAGAGGAAAAUGGAGACGCCCGCAAAACCAAGGAACUGCUAUUUUUGUGAUUUUUUUAUAUAUACACUUGAGUUACACAGUCUGUAUUUUGUUUUGCUUCGAGUAGGAUGAGGCUUUGCCUAAACUAUCUACAGAAUUGGAUCUUUGCAAAAUGUGAUAGUAUAUGCCAGAAGCAAAGGCCACAGGAGCAAGCAAAAGGAUCUCUAAACCAAGAUGUCCAGAGAGAAUUGCAACUUGUGAAGACAUUUGAAGAAUCAAAAUUGUACUGCGAUGGAAAUGCAAACAUGUCUUGACUGUAUAUUACUUCGUAACAUACGAAUGCAAAAAAUUGUAUGCAGGCAAAGGUUGUGUCCUGUAGACCUACUGUUGUGUUUCUUCAUGUUAUGUUACGGCAGUUGCCUUGCUUUGGAACUAAAUCUGCUCUUGUACACUAUAUUGAGUUGCUAUCCACAGCACUGUUGCUUAAUCUUGUUAAGAUUCUCAGCCUGUUUCUGUCAUACAUCACCACAGUGUUUAAAUUGCACGAUAAUGAAAAUAACAAAGAGUCUGGUGGCACCUACCAAGGAUGGGGUGUUUAUGCUUUUGUCAAUGCAGCCUUGUUAAUUGUUACAAUACUUAUUUUGCUUUUACGUUAUUAUCACUGUCCUUUUGCAUUUCUCUUGGACUAACUCCUGUCAACACCCCGCCCCAAUGUAUGUACACAUCCAUGCCAAUUGGGGAUUGCACUUCAGCAGGGGUGGGGAACCAGUGGGCUGCAACUCCCAUCAGCCCCAACCAACAUGCCCUGUGAUUGGGCAGGAUGGGAAAUGCAGAUCAGCAGCAGAUUCCCCACUCUUGCACUUCAUGUAUCCGCUUAAGUGGAUUCUGGUCCAUGAAAGCUGACCCUAUAAUGAAUUUGUUAGUCCUUGUGCUGCCACAAGACUCUUUAUUGGUUUUGGUGCACCAGCCUAACACAGCUGUCCCUCUGGGAAUUGUAACAAAAUGAAUAAUUCUUCAUUAAAUGGCAGCUGCAAACUGAUUUUGUUAACAGUUCCUUUAUCAACAGGCAAUGAUGACAUUACUUUAUACUAUGAGGAUUCUUCUCUAGAAGGAAGGGUUUUAUCUAAAUCAUGAACAGGGAACCUUUGGCCCGCACAGAGGUUGCUGAACUACAGCUCCCUUCAGCCCUAGUAAGCAUGUCCAAUGGACAGGGGUAAUGGAAGUUGUAGAUAAAUAACAUCUGGGGGACAAAAGGUUCUCCUCACCUGAUCUAAAUCAUCUUUUUGCGGACAUGCUGCUGUCAACUUUGAGGCCCUAUACAUGUAUUACUGACAUAUGGGGCAAUAUUGGGGAGUAGGGCUGUGCUUUCUGUCCUGCCCCCAAUGUUAGAUGUACUUCCUUCAGCAACUAUACCCAGUUGUCUUUAGAGCAAGAAUUCUCAAAAGGAAAUCCACUGAUGUCAUCAAAAGGCAUACCAUGUGCACCAGAACAAAAAGCAAGUACUUUGGGGGACUGUUAACAAUGAGAACAGUGGCACAUCUUGUCUAUUCUGAAUCUUGCAUACCCUUUCAAUUGUACCGUAAUAUCCUGAAUGUGUUUCAGGGUGGAAUUCUUACUCAAUGUUGAUAGACAUGACAAAGAUGUUGGUAUCAGUAUUCCUGGAAUAACACACAGUGAACUUUGUGUAAUAAAGUAAAGUGACUGAAUUCUUUA